UCUAAUCUCCCUUAAAUUACGUUUCUUCCCUUUCAAACGUACUCUUCACACAACCUUCCACUAACCACUUCCCUCCCCCAGAUUCACCCACGAAUUCUUUGCUUCCUUCGCUUAGAAACAAUCAAUCGGAGCCCUAAAACCAUUCUCAAUUCAAAACCUCUCCAUGAUCUCGCAAUGAUCGAGCUCUAGGGCACCCAAAUUCAACUCCUCCAAUGGCUUCGUGGCUCCGAGCCGCUGAAGAUUUAUUUGAAGUUGUCGAUCGAAGGGCAAAGCUUGUUGUUGGUGAGAACUCAGAGGAGCAGUCAAAUUUCCAGUCGCCAGCUUCUAAUGGGCGAGGAUCUCAAACAAAGAGGACACGGUUAAAGGCUAAGGCUCAAAAGAGACUCUCCUCUAAUGAAACUCCUAAAACAGUUGAUACCUCAUCAGAACUUAAUAGCUCAGAAACAUCACAACCCAAUGUGGUACCUGAUAAAGAUGGGGCUGGUCUGACAAUUGAAACUGAUGGGAUCAUUCCCAGCAAUUCAAACGCCCAAACUAGCAACGAGCAGCAACUGAAUGUCGAGAAUGAUGGGUCCAUACCGAGCUCCUCUAAAUCUGAGUCGAUCUUGAGUGAAGAGGUGAAAGACAGCGUUGUUCAUGAGGAACUUCCAGUUAUUGUUCCCGAUGUAGAAGCAAUUGCAUCAACUUCAAAUGGUGAGCUUGUCAAUGAGGACUCUUCAGAUGUUCUUGAGAGGGUUUCUUCUUCAGAGCCUGAUGUCCAAGGUGUUGAGAUAGUCCAUGAAGAUCCUCCAGUUGACACCAGCCAAGAUUUUAGAAUGCGGGAUGCAGGUAUCUCUGCAAAAAUUGAGCAGGAGGGGCAUCACUCUGUAAGUGUGGAUACCCCUAAUGGAGUUGAUACACCUCUGAAAGAUGCUGAUUCCAAGGUUGAAUCUCAUUCUGAUCAAAAAAAGCAACAAGACCACAAAGCUGAUGCUUCUCCGACAAAAGUACAAGAUCAACUUGAGGAGGCUCAAGGUCUGCUGAAGACAGCAAUUUCUACUGGUCAGUCAAAAGAGGCAAGGUUAGCUCGGGUUUGUGCUGGACUUUCAUCACGUCUUCAAGAGUACAAAUCUGAAAAUGCUCAGUUAGAAGAGCUUCUCGUUGCAGAGAGAGAGCUAAGUAGGUCAUCUGAGGCUCGUAUCAAGCAGCUACAGAGAGAUAUAUCUGCAGCCAAAAGUGAAGUGAUCAAGGUGGAGUCAAAUUUGGCAGAUGCUUUGGCUGCAAAGAACUCCGAAAUUGAGUCACUUGUUAGCUCUGUGGAUGCACUUAAGAAGCAGGCUGCUUUAUCAGAAGGAAAUCUGGCAUCAUUGCAGGCAAACAUGGAGUCUAUCAUGAGAAAUAGGGAACUGACAGAGACUAGAAUGAUGCAAGCUCUCAGAGAGGAGUUGACAUCUGUGGAACGGAGAGCAGAAGAAGAGCGUGCGGCACACAAUUCUACCAAAAUGGCUGCCAUGGAAAGGCAAGUAGAGCUGGAGCAUCGAGCUAUGGAGGCAUCCACAGCCCUAGCUAGGAUCCAGAGAACGGCCGAUGAAAGAACUUCAAAGGCUGCAGAACUUGAGCAUAAGGUGGCACUGAUGGAGGUUGAAUGUGCAUCCUUAAACCAAGAACUGCAAGAUUUAGAAUCCCGUGCUCGUCGUGGACAGAAGAAGUCUCCUGAAGAGGCAAAUCAAAUGAUUCAGAUGCAGGCAUGGCAGGAAGAAGUUGAGCGAGCCCGGCAAGGUCAGAGAGAUGCUGAGAGCAAGCUUUCUUCUUUGGAGGCAAAUGUGCAAAAACUGAGAGUUGAAAUGGCUGCCAUGAAGAGGGAUGCUGAGCAUUAUUCACGCCAAGAGCAUAUGGAACUAGAGAAGCGUUACCGUGAGCUAACUGAUCUGUUGUAUUACAAGCAAACACAGUUGGAAACCAUGGCUAGUGAAAAAGCUGCAGCAGAAUUUCAGUUGGAGAAGGAGAUGAAACGUCUUCAGGAAACCCAACAGGUAGAAACAGAAAGGAUCAGAGCUUCUCGUCGAGCAUCUUCAUCUUGGGAAGAAGACACUGACAUAAAAGCACUCGAGCCUCUCCCCUUGUAUCAUCGCCAUAUGGUUGGGGCAAGCAUGCAGUUGCAGAAGGCUGCAAAACUACUGGAUUCUGGAGCUGUCAGGGCCACAAGAUUUCUUUGGCGGUAUCCAACUGCCCGACUUCUCCUGCUAUUCUAUUUGGUAUUUGUGCAUCUUUUCUUGAUGUAUCUGCUACAUCGCCUUCAGGAGCAAGCUGAUUCUUUUUACUCAAGGGAAGUUGCAGUAUCCAUGGGACUUGCCAACCCUACGUUGCCAUGAUAUGUAGCUGCUUUAUGCCCAUUGACACACAAGGCUAUUUUUCUGUGUGUGGCUUCUACAACAGUGUUCGCUCUCUAUUUAGAUGCAAGAUUGUUCUUCCGCCAAUCACAAGAACCGUGAAUCGUGGGAAUUUCGCUUCCCUUGGUCAUCUUCGUCAUCCUCAUCCAAACCAUUGAUAUUGAUAGAGCGAGGCAGUUUAUACAUGAUGCAACUCUUUCAUCAAGCAACAAUGGCAACUUCAGAUACUGAUGGCUUGUACACAUCUGUUUCUGCUUUUGAUAGUGGAAAAAUCCCUAGCCCAAAAAAGCUACCAUGUUGCAGAUGCAUUUUAUCCCAAGGUACUCCAUAUAUACCACAUUCUGUUGCAGGCCGACACUGACAUAAUAGUUUUCAUACUAUUUCUGACGAUAUUAUACGACUCAUUGUUUACGUGUAAAUGUGAUCGCAAACUCAAAUCAAUUAAUUAAAAAGGUGAUUAUUUCAUUA